AUUGUUAGUUACGAGGAUAAUGUUUGGCAAAUGAAAUAAAACUUCAUUUGAUUGAUUUAACUUGUCAAAAUAAAUUUUUUCUGUAAAACCAUUAGUCAAUAAUUGAAGAUAGUUGUCUAAAAAAAAUUUUAAAUUUUCCAAAAAUGUCUUGGCAAUACAACAAAAGCGCUAUAAUACUGCACAUAGAAAAAAGAAUGUAUAUUAUGUCUUCUUUGAUCUAUCAUUCUUUAUACAUAGAAACUAAGAAAUUGUUUAUAUUCCUGAAUUAGUAAUAUCAAGAGACAUUUCACAAGAUGUUUUACACACAUACACACACACACACACUUACACAUAGAGAAUCCAUUUACAUUAUUCCAAGUAAUCAUAUUUAGUAAACAUGUGAUCAAUUAACUUGUAUCAACUUAUGUACACAUAAAGCAUUAAAUUGGAUUAAAUUACUUUUAAUUGUGAUAAAUGUCAGAUAGUGAAUGUUGCUAAGUGUAUACAUCAGUAAUAGGUCUACAAUAAUCAAACUUUCUUGAAUUACACUGAUUAUGGAACCGCAGAAAGUAAUUGUGAAAAGUACUGGAAUGCCAGAAGAUAUGCAAGAACAUGCUAUUAAAACAUGUUUAAAAGCAAUGAGAGUUCUUCAACAUGAUAAAGAUGUGGCUAGUACAUUGAAAAGAGAAUUUAAUGAAAAAUAUGGACGUACAUGGCAUUGUGUUGUUGGAAGUAAUUAUGGAAGUAAUAUCAGUCAUGUAGAUGAAGGAUUCAUUUAUUUCUUUGCUGAUACAAAAUCGAUCCUUUUAUUUAGAACAGAAUAUGUUUAAUUACUUGGUAUCAAUAUUCAUUACAAACAAUUAGUUGUAACCAAUCAAAAUUUAUUUUUAUUUUUAUCUUAACUUUUGUUUCUGUAGUUUUUUUUAGAAGGGGGGGACAUAAACUACAUUUUAUUAAAUCGUUGACAAUUAUUUGAGGGAUGUGAGUAGUUAGUGAAAAGAUGGCCUGCUUUAACAUCUUGAGCAACCUGUUCCUGUCAUUUAGAUAUUUCAACAAGAGUUCUAAUUUUAUAAUGUUAAAAUUAUGAGUCAAUUGAAGCUAGACUACCAUAGAAAAUCUGGUAGCACUGAACGGCCGUUCCUUCCUAUUGCGGGACUCCUCAGUAGUGCUCAUUCACAACUCCACCUCGCGAGAUUUGAACCUAGGACCUGGGUCAUAACGUAAAUGAAAAUGAAUGUUUAAUUUUGUGCAUUUCUGAAAAGUGCACAACCUUUCGUGGUAAAAGUUAGAAAAGGCCUAAUUAGAGAUAUCGUGGUUGCAGGCAGGUAAUAUACAGCGAAAAGAAUAUACACUAUUCAGAUGUCGUUUGACUGAACUGCUAAAUUCUAAAUGUUGAUCAUUCAAUAUUUGUCGUCAGAAUCGAUCGAGAAUUAAGAAACGGAAACGUGUUGAAAUAAAUUGUGCUGAGAAUUCUAUACUGUGAUAAAAAUAUAAUAUUGAAUAAAACUAAUGUGAAUUAAGACUGUGUUACUUUUUUAUUUCCCCGGGAAACAAUUUACAGUCCAUGUAUUUUGUAUCAAGCACAAAAACGUUUAUCAAAUCAAUAUGAUAUCAGUGAUACAUACUGAAACAAAUGCGGUUUAUUGUAUGAGUUGUCAAAAUCUAAUUUGAAGCACUCAGUUACAUAUAUACCAAAAAAUAUUGUAUAUAAAUGGAAAUGAAAGAAAAUGUAAGGGCGGCUCGUUGGUAAACUCUAGGAAACCUUAAGAAGCCCAGAAAGAGCCGCAGACAUUCCAUCCAAUCACUGCUAGGGG